AAGACAGAAAGUCCGUUGGAACCGUCUGCUGCUCCCUGGUCUCUGGAGAUGAGGCGAGAGGACUUGGGGACAGCUGAGGGGACACGGCCCAGAUGAUCUGGUCCUGGCAGAAGUGAUUGGCAGGGACCAGGAUGCUAGAGGGUCAGCUCGAGGCUGGGAAGCCCAAGGAAGGCACCCACCCAGAGGACCCAUGUCCAGGAGCUGGGGCUGCCAUGGAGAAGACAGCUGCGGCAGCCGAGGUCCCCAGGGAGGACGGCAAUGCCGGGGAGAUGCCGUCAUUACAGCAGCAGAUCACCAGACUCCACCAAGAGCUCAGGAGACAGGAGUCGCUGUGGGCUGAUGUUCACAGAAAACUCCAGAGUCAUAUCGAUGUCUUGAGGAAGCAGAACCUGGAGCUCCGAGAAGAGCUGAGAAGUUUGCAGCGGCAGCAGUGGGAAGCCAGGAAGAAGCCUGCAGCGUCCCCACACGCAGGGCGAGAACCACACACUCUGGCAUUGCAACCUGCUUCUGGAAAAAUUUCACUUCUGUCAGCUGAUGAAGAGACAAUGCCCAAACACGCUGGCCGCAAGAGUCAGAGUGCCACUCUCCUGGGACAGAGAUCGUCACCUAACAACUUAGCUCCUCCAAAGCCAAUGAGUUUAAAGACAGAAGGAAUUAACUCAGGGAAAACACCACCACAGGAAGAUAGAGAGAAAAGUCCUCCCGGGAGACAUCAGGACAGAAGUCCAGCACCCACUGGAAGGCCGACUCCCGGUGCAGAAAGACGGGGGGUGUCUGAAGACGGAAAGGUUAUGCAUCCAUCUUCCCGAAGUCCACAAAACUCCAGUGGCAGAAAAUCACCAGUGCAGGCUUCCCAGGCCGCCACGCUGCAGGAGCAGAUGGCAGCAGCCGGAGGAGCUGAUGGAAGCUCAUCAGUCUCAGAGAAUUCUGAAGGCGGAUUUCUCAGCCACGUUCAACCUGACGAGUUGGCUGGUUCUUCCCCAAACAUUGCGGACUGCAGAAUCUUCCUGUAAACCCACCAUCUUCCCUGGAAAUAGCACAGCCCGUGGUCACUAAGAUGAAAAAGGAGGAAGUACAGGAAGAAAAACAACAUCCAAAUGCCAAGGCAGAUGACUGCCGGCGGUCCGGUCUCCCCAAGUGAGUUUCCAGGAGCUCUGCACGCCGCUCCCUCCAGACAGGCCAGGGGGCCCUGACCUGGGGGCCAGGCGUUUCUAGCAUUGCUGACUGCCAGUUUAUUUCCAGUAAAUAAAGCAAUAGACUUUUCAGGGGAAGAUUUGUUUUAAAUACUUAAAAAAAAAACCCCAAGGCUAUAGCCUCAAGUCUCUUCCAGCCACCACAUUUUAGCCCUUGAGGAGAGCUCAGUUCCGGAAGGACGUGUCAAGGAGGGGGUGGUCAGCAUUGACUCAGGAAGGGGUCAGAAGAGGCACCGGCUGCGGCUGCAGCUACGGUGUUCUGUGAGCUCCGAGGAGACCCAGUCCUGCUUGGGGCAGCACAUCGUCGCUUCUUGUUCAGCUCAACAGGUCAUUCAUCUCGCGUCUCUUGUUGGCCUGUUAGAAACUGGGAGUCGGCCUCAGGCUUGCUUUGCUGAGUGAACUCUGCCUCAGUAAAGGCGAAUUUAUGUCUUGCAAGCGGAUAAAGCAUUUGGUUUAAGUGAACAACAGGGAAUGUUACUUGCAGUAACAGUUUGAAUUCACUGAAAUGCUUUUGUCUUUAGCGCAGCGGUUGUAGUGGUUUGUCAGGGGAGAAGGAAACCCACAUCAUUUGAGCACCUGAUCUUGCCAUCUCCAUAGGUAGGUCCAUGAGACAUAAGUGAUGUUCCUCCUUGGCUUCGUGCAUGGAGGGAUCAAUCACUCAAGCUCAUGAAACUGCAAAGAUGAGGACACAAGAACUAGGUAACACGCUGUGCCCUCUGCGAGCGCGAUCCUUCCUUUCUCCCCACAACCAACGGUCACCCCCCUCUACCUGCCCCUACAUCCCUGGCUCCCCCAUCCUCCCUCCCAGGUCUUCAGCACUUUCCUCUUCUCGUGACUCAUCUUGCAUCUACUUGUGUAUCUUGCAUUGGAUGUGCCAAAGUUCUUUCCUUUUUUGUGUUUUGUUUCUUUUAAUGAUAUAAACUCCAAAAUAGAUUGUAUGAUUCUUUUCAUGUGGAACAUUUAAAAUAUUAUUUGUGCUUUAUUA